AUGAGAAAACUAAUUUUCUACCGCGUUGCCGUCCUAAUAAACACGUGUUCAUAUUUUCACCUUAGCUAUGCAUCUCCAAGUCCUGGGAAACUUAAGUAUCUCGAUCAGGCAGUCAAUGAUUAUCUUUGCGAAAAUGACUACUUUGACAGGGAAUCUGUAACAAAUAGUUACAGGACAGGAUGUCAUAGAUUGUGGAACGCCGAUUCAAAGAAGAAUUUUCCAGCCAAAUUGGAAGAUAACUAUUUCAUCAACGGAGCACAUAGAACUUUAUUCUCAUGGCCAUUGAAUCAUGCUACGGAUAGUUCAGACAUAAGGUUUACUGGGACUUAUCGGACUGUUUUCGACAUAAAUUGUAGGUUUCAUGGCGUGGUGAUACGUCGAGAAAGCAACCAUGAAAAUUGCAUGAAAUUGUCAGAUCGACAAGACUUUGAUAAUUUUGCUACGAACCUUAAAGAAUACCAAAUCCAUAAAUGUGAUAAUGUAGCUUUCGGAGAAAAUUAUCUCAAAGACUCUGUCACAGCAGCUUGUGAAGCAGGCCUAAAUCCGCACCGCCAGAGAUACCCCUUAGUACAUGCAAAAACGCAGUCAAAAAGUACUAUUUACAAAUGGCCUCUGCAUUAUCAUGAUAUAAUUCAUGGAUCGCUCCAAGGGAGAAAACAUUUUCAUCUUAAAUAUUUUGUUUUGUAUACGCAUGAAAAUGGUCCUAUGCGCGUCAUUGAAAUUUUUAGAAAAUUGACAAAAGAAUGCUCAUUAGACAAAAAGAUUAUUCCCCCUGGUACGUACGAUUUUGACACAAUCGGGGCCCAAGAAAGUACUAUCUAUGAUGACAAAAAAAGCUAUGACUGCAGUGGUCAGAUAUUCACGGAUAAAUACAUACAGGAAAUCCUUUCAACAUUAAAGAGCGAGAUAAUUGGUAGCAGUAAUCCCUCGUUUAGAAGAGAUAAAUAUCCUGUGUUAGAGGAUAUAGGCCAAGAAAACGCUUUAGGCGUGGUCUGGACAUGGCAGCUUCGUAUUCAAGAAACAGACUCUAUAAUAUCAGAAUCCAAUGAAAGAUACAUACUAGCAAUAGAUAAAAAUUUUCAAACCUUUAAUGUAUAUUACGUUAGGGACCGCAAAUACACUGUAUGUGAACCGAAAUACCAACAGGUCACCUCUAUUCCAGAAUAUUCACCUUACAAUCCUGAGUUCAACAUCGAGUGUCCUGAUUGCGGGCAAUGCCGAUACUCCACAGAAUGGCGUUGUGAGAAUAAUUUGGCAAACCAAAAACGCCGGAAAAUCCAACAGCUGGAUUCAGAUAAUAAUUGGGAUAGUGGAUUUGAGAUCCCUAGUUGGUUUUAG